UUGUCAUUGAGUCGUCAGUCGUCAGAUGAGAACCACAUGUUCUGGCACGCCCUUCAUGGCUUCCUGUUCCAGUCGACAGAUGGAGCCUGAGACCGACGCAGGAUGGAGGUCACGUCGCUCUGCCUCGUGCUCUCCACGCUGAGCAUCGCUCCCAACAGAUCUCAGUUCUUCCAGCACGACCAGAUCUCCCUGAAGUGUGUGGCGAGCUCCAGCGGCUGGACGGUGUGGAGAAACACCUCCUAUAAGGCGUUGGAUGUGUGCCGGUAUGGCUGGGGCAUCCCGGGUGAGUCCUCCUGCACCAUCCAGGAUGCCUUUCCCUCGGACACCGGGGUGUACUGGUGCGAGUCUCAGCAGGGGGGCUGCAGCAACGCCGUCAACGUCACGGUGACAGGGGGGGCGGUGAUCCUGGAGAGCCCGGCGCUGCCCGUCACGGAGGGAGAUGAGGUCACGCUCCGCUGUUCCUACAAAGAAGAAGACCAGGAUGAGCCCACGUCGGAUUUCCCCGCCGCGUUCUACCGGGACGGCGAGUCCAUCGGCGCCGAGCCGUCGGGGCGGAAGCUCCUCCGGCGGGUGUCCGAGUCGGACGGAGGCUCCUACGAGUGCGAGCACCCCACCGGGAGGAGGUCUCCACGGGGCUGGCUGGCCGUGUCAGCGAGGCCUCCUACUCCUCCUCCUCCAACUCCUCCUGCUCCACCCUUCAUGACUGUGCCCAAGCUGCUGUGCUCCACCCUGCUGUUCGUCCUCUACACCGUCAUUCUCAUCCUGUGCAUAGACGUGUACCGGAGGAGGGCCCGAGCUAGAGUGAAGACUAAAGGGAGAGCAGAUUGUGCCGAACUGGAAUGAAGGAGAAGAAGAAGAACCACUUCCUGUCACGCGGUGCAAAUGUCGGCCAAUAGCAGUGCGAAUGAAGCAAAGUUCUUUUUCAUUAAUGUGUUUUUCUAAAAUUGUGAAUUUUAUAUGUUUUUAUCGGGUCUUUGAAGCCAAAAGAGAAAAUACAUCUGCUUAAAAAAA